AUGGCGCUGACAUCAUGGAAAGCAUUCAACUUCAUCGACGUGUCGCCGGUGAAGCUACCAGAGGACAGCUCCUCAAUCUUCGAUAGCGACCUCUCGAGUAUCUGCACUGGCUCCGCGAACCUCUUUGUUGGCACUACCGAUGGAUUUGUCCACAUCCUCUCCUCGGCCUUCCGCGUCGUGCGAUCGUUCAAGGCUCACGAUACCGGUUCCAUUACGCACAUGCGACAGAUAAACGAUACCGCUCUGCUAGUGACCGUCGCGGAGGAUCUUUCCAACGAGCCGGUUCUGAAGGUCUGGGCUCUAGAUACGGAGAAAAAAGAUGGAGGCCCGCGGUGUCUGUCAACGGUCUCUGUACAAAAUGCCAGGAGGCAGUUCCCGAUAUCGGCUUUCGCAGCCGUCGACGACCUCUCACAGGUAGCAGUGGGUUUCGCGAACGGAUCGGUGACGAUCAUCCGAGGCGAUUUAAUCCACGACCGAGGCGCGCGACAACGGAUCGUAUUCGAAUCCGAGGAACCGAUUACCGGACUCGAAACCCAAAUCGGCGCCGUCACAACCCUUUACAUUUCAACAACGAGUCGCAUCUUGACAUUGGUCAUCGCCGGGCGAGGGCAGGGCCAGCCUGCGCGCGUUUUGGAAGAUACGGGCUGUGGCUUGGGCUGCAUGACUCUGGAUAAAGAGGGCGGAGAUGUUCUAAUUGCCCGGGAUGAGGCGAUCUUUACCUACGGUCCGCGAGGUCGUGGUGCGAGCUAUGCGUUCGAGGGCCCGAAGACAUCUAUUGAUGCUUUUCGUGACUAUGUGGCGCUCGUCUGUCCGCCCAAGGCUGGGACUAGCAAGUCCGAUCCGCUAAGGAAAUACGGUGCUAGUCCCGCCGAGGAAAUUUUUGGCACGACUACGUUCACGCUUCUCGAUACCGACCUCAAGUUCAUCGCGCAUAGCGAAGCGCUGGCGUCACCUAUGAAACGUAUUUUCAUGGAAUGGGGUGACUUGUUUCUUCUUACGACAGAUGGAAAGAUCUUCCGUUAUAGGGAGAAGACCCUCCAGCAAAAGCUCGAAAUCUUAUAUGAGCGCAAUCUCUACAUCCUUGCUAUUAAUCUUGCGCAAAAGAUUGGGAUUGAUCCGCUCCAACAGAAUGCUAUCUACCGCAAGUAUGGUGACUUUUUGUACCAGCGGGGCGACUAUGAUACCGCUAUGCAGCAGUAUCUCCGGGCCAUUGAUAAUACAGAACCUUCUCAGGUCAUUCGCAAAUACCUGGACACUCAACGUAUUCACAACUUGAUCGAGUAUCUUGAAGAGCUACACGACCAUGGCCGUGCCACGGUUGAUCACACAACGCUUCUUUUGAACUGCUACGCAAAACUCAAAGACACAAGCAAGCUAGACUCGUUUAUCAAAGCUCCUGGUGAGCUGAAGUUUGAUCUUGAAACUGCCAUUGCAAUGUGCCGUCAAGGCGGAUACUAUGAGCAAGCAGCCUACCUUGCAACAAAACAUGGCGAGAACGACAUGGUCGUUGAUAUUCUAAUCGAAGAUUCUAAGAAGUACGCUGAGGCAGUGGAAUACAUUUGGCGGUUGGAUGCUGAAGUGGCCUAUCACAAUUUGAUGAAGUACGCUCGAGUAUUGCUAACACAUUGCCCCGAGCGGACAGCGGAGCUGUUCAAGGUUUACUAUUCUGGCCAGUACCGACCACGCACGGAGGUAGAACAGACACCAGAGCCCCAAGAACAGACGACCAGCACAGUGCAAAGUCUUGCUGCCCUUCUUCCUUUGCGGUAUAUGACUGUUGGCACACAACCUACGCCUGAAAUCCCUGAGCCAGCGGCAAAUGAAGACAAGGUUGAGAAUUCGACGCCAGAUUAUCACAUUCCCAAGCCCCGGACAGCCUUCUCUGCAUUUGUGGAUCAUCCUAAAGAGUUCAUCGAUUUCCUCGAGACCUUGGUGCAGCAGCCGGACUUGAAGAAGGACGCCAAGGUUGAUCUUUUCACAACACUGUUUGAGAUGUACCUGGACACAGCAAAGGGGAAAAAGGAUGCAGGCGAAAGACAGGAAUGGGAGACAAAAGCCAAGAAACUAAUUGAAGGGAAAGACAUUCCGAUCUCCACAUCCAACGUGCUUCUCCUCUCCGAUCUGUCAAAUUUCAAGGAAGGAUCUACCCUUGUUCGCGAGCAAGAAGGUCUCCGCCUGGACAUUUUCCGUUCCUUCACUUCAGCAAAGGAUACACAGGGCGCCAUCAAAGCGCUACGCCGGUACGGGCCCGACGAGCCCCAACUCUACGUCGACGCAUUGACAUACUUCGCCUCGAGCCCGAAGAUCCUCGAAGAAGCAGGCGACGAGCUAGACACAGUCCUGCAGCGCAUCAACCAAGACGGCCUCCUCUCACCAUUGCAAGUGAUCCAAGCGCUCAGCAACAACGCAGUAGUAACAAUGGGCCGCGUGAAGAAGUACCUCAGCGACAACAUCGACCGCGAACGCAAAGAAAUCACCACCAACCGCCGGCUCAUCACAAGCUAUAAAUCCGAAACCGCAACCAAACAGCAAGAACUAGACAACCUAGCCACCCAGCCAGUAGUCUUCCAAUCUCGCCGUUGCCAAUCCUGCGGCGGAACCCUCGACCUCCCAACAGUCCACUUUCUCUGCAGACACUCCUUCCAUGAGCGCUGUCUGAACAACCUCGACGACAAUGCGCAGUGUCCCGUCUGCGCACCGAAGAAUGCGACUCUGCGCGCGAUCCGCCAACGGCAGGUUGAUUCCGCGGACCAGCAUGAUUUGUUCAAGGGAGAGCUGUCUCGCUCACGGGAUCGAUUCGGGGUUGUUAGUGAGUUCUUCGGGAGGGGUAUAAUGAGGCCGCAGAGUACUAUGGAGUAG